AUGGAAUCCCAUUUUGAUACUUCAGUUUAUGGGGGUGACACCCUUGCGCCCCCUGGGACUUUCCUACUCAUUCGGGAGGACAUGUCCGAGUCCGGUGGUCAACGGACUAUUAUGCUCGAUCCUGUUCCAACGAGCGAUCCCAAUGAGCCUUUAAAUUGGAGCACCCUCCGCAAGGCUGUCAACUGGACCAUAGUCCUGGGAAUGACGAUUGUUACAUUCACCCUUCUUUCAAUCCAACCAAUCUUUUGGCAGCAAAUGAUAGUUGAUCUUCAGGUCGAGUAUGAGCAGCUGAAUCAAUCAAUGUCGGUCAACUUCGUAGGCCUUGCCGUGGGAUGCGUGAUUUUCAUUCCCGUAGCGAAGAAAUUUGGCCGUCGUCCCGUUUACAUCGUCUCCGCCUCAGUCCUACUCGCGACUUCAUUUUGGAUGUCUAAAUUGGAGACUAUAACAGAGCUCUACAUUUGCAACCUAUUACAAGGGCUCGGAGGGGCAGUCAACGAAACAAUUGCAAUGAUUACGAUUGCAGAUUUGUUCUUCGUGCACCAUCGUGGCAGUAUGAACGGUCUCUACAUGACUAUGGUGAUGAUUGGUAGUUUUCUUACACCGAUGGCGGCGGGUACUCAAGCAACUAGACAGGGAUGGCGCUGGUCAUACACAACGCUGGGUAUCUUCAACGCCCUGUUUGUGAUACUUUUCAUCUUUCUCUACGAGGAAACAAAAUAUACGCCUGUAAUUUCAGGGAGUCCCAGACCCGGAACUGCUGAGGAUGAUAAUCCUGAGAGCACAGGCGACCCAGACACCAAAAAGGCACCGUCGGUGACCAAGGCUUCGGUGUCCGACGAGCCAAGCACCCAGAGUCACCAGUUAGACACAACCAUUCCCCUCAAUUCUUGGCGAAAACGUCUGGCUCUUGUUACCGCGACUCCAGAAUCGAUCUGGCCCUAUUAUUAUCGUCCUUUCAAAACCAUAUUUACCUUCCCCGCGGUGAUGUUUGCGGGCCUUCAGUAUGCCGCUGGCGUCAUUUGGCUGACUAUUUUGUCAAGUGUGCUAUCCUUGGUCUUUCCACUCCCACCAUAUCUUUUCACUCCCGAACAAAUUGGAUUCAUGAGCUUGGGACCGUUUAUCGGAAACCUACUCGGAGCAGUCUACGGCGGUGUUUUGGGUGAUUGGUCGAUCCUCUAUUUCUCUCGCAGAAAUAAUGGAUUUUACGAGCCGGAGAUGCGUCUUUAUAUUCUUCACCUUCCGGCCCUGACGAUGGCUGGAGGUAUAAUCAUGUUUGGUGCUACAAUUGAACGGGGAAUGCACUGGAUCUAUCCUAGUGUUGGUGGCGCCCUUUUCGGGUUUGGACUCGGCAGUAUUGGUGAUGCUUCCUUGACUCUGGUGAUCGAUAGUUACCGUGAUAUUACCGGAGACGCCUUUACAGCAAUUGCAUUCCUUCGCAAUGCCUGCAGUAUUGGUAUUCCAUUCGCUAUCACACCCUGGAUCGCACGAAAUGGGCUGCAAAACAUGUUCAUUGCUUGUGGGUUUAUUAGUUUCGGAGUUACACUUCUCGCAGUACCGAUGAUCUUCUGGGGAAAGACAGCUCGUCGGGCGUUAGCUGUGAGAUAUUAUCGACUAGUUGAGCAACAGGGUAGCCUGGGUGCACACUGA